GCCACCAGAGCGGACCAUGAAAGUGACGCCUUCCCAGGAUGGCAGCCAGCGUGCAGUUGCGGGACUUGACACCGUGGUGCCUGCGCUAGCACAGACAGUCCAGCGAUUGGAGAACUUGCAGCGUCAGACGGCGGGUGAAAAUGGCCCAAAAGCCCAGCUGGCGCAGUUGUUGGAGAAUGCCAGGACUUUGUCCAACCAACUUCCCAAGAUCUCGCAGCCGGAAGCAGCGGCUGCCACUUUGCGCCAGCGCCUGGUGGAUUUCGAGCAGUUCGCCCCACGGGAUCCUGUGGACCCGCGGGAAAGGACCAUGGAGCUGUUGGCGCGUUGGCGAAGUGCGGUGAGUCGCCAGGAGGUGCUGAAUAAAGAGGAAUCAGCUGAAGUACUAGGCGCACUGCUACGGGGCGAACGGGCCAUUGCCGAGCUCCAACGGGCCGAAGCGGCGUGCACCCGGCGCUGGGCGGCCAUGUCUCAGGAAGCGCGUCAACUUGUGGAUCGCAUCAAGGGCUUCAAAGGUCGAGCCCAGGUGUGUCAGGAACGACAGCGGAACAUGAUCAUGGCAGCUGGACAUCAACGCAAAGAGCUUUGGUCCCAGCAACUUUCCAGGGUUCAAACAGAUGACCAUGGAGCGGCUCAGAAAGUCUACGAUGAGUUGUUGAAGCUGGACGCGCAAUGCCAGCAGCUUUCAACCGCGAUUUGGAGUUCCAAGGGGCAGCUGCACAAGUUGGACUACAAGCGACGACAAGCGCUUCGCGUCUUAGAUUCUUCCCUGGACUUCAGCGAGAGAAGUGAAAGUGCCGCAGGGCUCUCGGUGGAUGAUGUGGUUGAGACUGAGCUGGAAGUGGAGAAACUGCUGUGGGAGCUCUUUUAUGUAGAGCGCGAAAAGAAACAGCAAGACCCCCGGGCAGACAUGGACUUGAAGAUAGCACAGCCAGUUUUCAAUGAAAGCCACCCAGAACAUGUCAUUGUGGCGGACAGUCUUCCACCAACUGUGGCCCCAGCUUCACCCAGCUUCGCUGGACAAGAGCCACCUGAUGUGUUGGCAGAGGUUGCCUCAGUAGUAGAUGCAACUCCUCCCGCGGAUGGCCUGCCAGUGGAACCACUGGUGGCGGAAAAUCCCGUGGUGAUACCGAGAGUGGCGAAUCUGAUCCAUCGCCUGUCCAUGUCCAGGGAUGAGAGACGGCAGCAUGAGCGAGAGAGGAAGGCGGGCAGAUGGGAAGAUCCGCCUGAAAGCAGCGUUCCCAAAGACCCUUCCACUGUCACGGCUGAUGCCCAGUCGGGUGAUGCGCCAGUUGAACCAGCGCCAGUUGAACCACCACCUGAACCACCUGUGCAAAUGGAAGCUUCACGGUGGCCAGAGCUACCAGAACCUAGGGGCGGUGGCGGCCAAGGACUACCUGUGCAACCUGAGACUUUGCCGUGGAAGACCUCAUCUCCAGAAGUGAUAUGGGGUGAAUUGCCCUCUAUCCCACUGAUACCACCUGCUUUGCGACCUCCUUCACUCGAAGCUCUUCCAGGUCCAACUGGAUCCUUCGGAAGCAAUAGAGAACACAGAGUCGUCCUUGAAUGGGAUACUUGACAGGAAAA